AUGGCCCACGUAAUUACCCGUAUUUCUGCCCGUGAAAUUUUGGACUCCCGAGGAAACCCAACCGUCGAAGUGGACCUCGAAACGAACGUCGGUAUUUUCCGAGCCGCUGUGCCAUCAGGAGCAUCCACAGGAAUAUAUGAAGCCUUGGAAUUGAGGGACAAUGACAAGAGCAGGUACCUCGGCAAAGGAGUACAGAAAGCUAUUAACAAUAUUAAUGAGCACAUAGCACCCAAGUUGAUUGGCAUGGAUUGUAGGGAACAGAAAAAAAUUGACAACUUGAUGGUCGAACAAUUAGAUGGAAGCAAAAAUGAAUGGGGAUGGUCCAAAAGUAAAUUAGGAGCAAAUGCGAUUUUAGCAAUUUCCAUGGCUGUGUGUAGAGCUGGAGCUGCUGCGAAUAAGGUAUCCCUGUACAAAUAUUUAGCCCAAUUGGCAGGAAAAAAAAAUGACCAGAUGGUUUUACCUGUACCCUGUUUGAAUGUAAUAAAUGGAGGAUCCCAUGCAGGAAACAAAUUGGCCUUCCAAGAAUUUAUGAUCGUCCCAGUUGGUGCACCAAAUUUUAAAGAGGCCUUAAGAUACGGAGCAGAAGUAUAUCAUACACUCAAGUCGGAGAUUAAAAAGAAGUAUGGCAUUGAUGCAACGAAUGUAGGAGACGAAGGAGGAUUUGCUCCAAACAUAUUAAAUGCGAAUGAAGCUUUGGAUCUGUUAGUGAGUGCUAUUAAAUCUGCUGGUUAUGAAGGAAAGGUCAAAAUCGCCAUGGAUGUUGCUGCCUCAGAAUUUUACCAAGCUGAUACCAAGACUUACGACUUAGACUUUAAAACACCAAACAAUGACAAGUCUAUGGUCAAAACUGGAGCUGAGUUGGUAAAUCUAUACAUUGAUAUGGUUAAGAAGUAUCCCAUUAUUUCCAUUGAAGAUCCAUUUGAUCAGGACGAUUGGGAGAAUUAUGCUAAGCUGACUGCGUCCAUUGGUAAGGACGUACAAAUUGUGGGUGAUGACUUACUAGUUACUAACCCUACAAGGAUUAGCAAAGCUUUGGAGAAGAAAGCAUGUAAUGCUUUGUUGCUGAAGGUUAAUCAAAUAGGUUCCAUCACUGAAGCUAUUGAGGCGUGCUUACUAUCGCAGAAGAAUGACUGGGGUGUUAUGGUUUCCCACAGAUCUGGAGAGACAGAAGACGUUUUCAUUGCUGAUUUGGUGGUUGCUCUCCGAACUGGACAAAUCAAAACUGGUGCUCCAUGCAGAAGCGAGAGAAAUGCCAAGUAUAACCAAUUGUUAAGGAUUGAAGAGUCCCUUGGAAGCAAUGCCCUUUUCGCUGGAGAGAAAUUUAGGCACCAAUUAAAUUGA